AUGGGGAAAAGACAAAACCAGAAGAAAGUGGAGGAGGUGCUAGAAGAAGAGGAAGAAGAAUAUGUGGUGGAAAAAGUUCUCCACCGCCGAGUAGUAAAGGGCAAAGUGGAGCACCUCCUAAAGUGGAAGGGGUUCUCGGAUGAGGACAACAGAUGGGAGCCAGAAGAAAACCUGGAUUGCCCCGACCUCAUCGCCGAGUUCCUGCAGCCACAGAAAACAGCACAUGGGACAGAUAAAUCAGAGGGAGGCAAGCGCAAAGCUGAUUCUGAUUCAGAAGAUAAGGGGGAGGAGAGCAAACCAAGAAGAAGAAAGAGAGUCAGAAAAGCCACAAGGCUUUGCUCGGGUUUGGAACCCGAGUGGAUUAUUGGAGCUACAGACUCCAGUGGAGAACUCAUGUUCCUGAUGAAGUGGAAAAACUCUGAUGAGGCUGACCUGGUCCCUGCCAAGGAAGCCAAAGUCAACGUGCCCACAGGUUGUCAUAUCCUUCUAUGA